AUGAGAUUCUUCAUCAUCCUUCUUUUGGCUUUUUUGGCUGUCACUGCUUUUGGUAAGUCAAAAAUACAGUAUUAUUCGAAGUAACUUUUUAUCAUACUUAAAAAUUUUUAAGCUUAUUAUAAUAAAAUAUUGUUGUAAUCACGAAAUCUGUAGGAGCUGUCCACCACGGUAAGAAGCCAGUUCACAAGAAGCCAGCCCACCACCCCCCAGGCCACAAAGCUCCAGCCCACAAAACUCCAGCUCACAAAGCCCCAGCCAAAGCCGGUACCAAAGCUCCAACUGGAACUGGUGCCACUUCAGCUGCCAAGACUACUGGAGCUGUUGCAACCGCUACUACUGUCAAGGCUUCUUAA